CUCCCGGUAAGUUCGUCGUCGACUCGUCGUCGGAUCGUCGCCCGGAGCCAUAAUGCAAACGCUCGACAAGCCGACGAUGGCGUCGGAGCUGAGGGCGAUGGCAUGGACGGUGCUGCUCGUCCCGGCGUGCGCGUGGUACGCGCGCUCGGCCUGCCGCCGCCUACGGCCAGGACUGCCCCGCCUCGCCGCGCUCGCCCCGACGUUCCCCGUCUUCGUCUACCUGCCGUGCCUGUUCAACUCCCUCCACUUCCGCCUCUUCAGCACCUUCUUCCACACCUGGCUCGCCAUCAACAAGCUCGUCCUCCUCGCGCUCGGCAUCGGCCCGCUACACCCGUCCCUCCCCCUCGUCCCGUUCGUCCUCUGCGCCAGCCUCCCCAUCAAGCUCCGCCUCAGCCAGCAGCCGCCCGCCGCCAAGCGUUCUCCUUCGUCGCCGCCGCCACCGCCCCUCGCUGACUUCCUCCGUCCCUGCGCCCGGAGCUUUUUCUUCCUCAGCUGCCUCUUCGUGGCGUACCCGCACACGGGCUGGCUACCCGUGUACGCCGUCCACUUCCUAUACUGCGUCCAGGUCUUCCUCACGCUCGACCUCGUCCUCUCCUCCGUCGCGCUCGCCUCGGCGACCGUCCUGGACGCCGGCCUGGAGAGGCAGUUCAGCACGCCGCUCGCCGUCGCGUCGCUGAACGACUUCUGGGGGCGGCAGUGGAACCUGAUGGCGGUGGACCUCCUCCGGGCGUCGGCGUACGAGCCCGUGCGCGCGCGGUGGGGCCGCGACGCCGGCGUGCUGGCGGCGUUCCUCAUGUCGGGCCUGCUCCACGAGCUCCUCUACCUGUACCUGACGCUGCGGCGGCCCAGGGGGGAGAUGGUGCUCUUCUUCAUGCUCCACGGCGUGUCCCAGAUCGCCGAGCGCUGGGCCAGGGCGGCCGGGCUGUGGCGGCCGCCCAAGGUGGCGGCGUACCUCCUCGUCAGCGCCUUCAUGGUCGUCACCAUAUCGGAGCUCUUCUUCGGGCCGUUCAUGAGGGCCGGGGCCGACGUGCGGCUGAUGGAGGAGGCCGCGGCGAUGCUGCAGUUGAUCAUGGGCGUCUCGAGGCGUCUGCUCCGACCGUUUGGGGUGGUUUCGAGCCUCUAAUCAUCUACGGGCCGGUGUUAUGUACUCUGUGUACGUGCCACUGUGCCAUCUGGGCCUAUAUAUGUUCGAGUGUUAAUUUGUGGCGCUGGAUGCAGAAUGACGAAAGUUUCGUUCUCAGUUGAGUACCACCAAGAUGUUGUCAUGUAACAUAAU